AUGAGAGGCCUGCGCCACGGCCUUAGUGGCACAAGCAAGAAACACAGAGCUGGAUCUCUAUUUCCGCUGCUGUCUCCUGAACCGCCCGCGACGCUGUCUCCCGCGCGGUUCUCGUCUCCCUUUCUCUCGGGCUCCGUCCCGUCGCGUUCCUCUCGGUCUUCCGUAUCGCCUUUGCUGUCUUCUUCUCCGCCUUCUCCAUGCUUUCGGCGCCGUCGGUUGUCGCUUCACUUUCUGACAGCCCUCGUGAUCUUUGUCCUGUCUCUCCUGUCUUCCCCGUCGCUGUUGCGCGUCGCUGAGAACUGUCUCGCGUGGCCUGCGGGAGCGCCUGUCUCUUCCUCGGUCCUCCUCUUCCCCGCCGCGUUUGUCUCUCUGAACGCGUCGCUCGCUGCGAGGGGAAUCGGCACGGCGCCUCCCUCGCCGCUCCUCUUCGCGGCUGCGUCUUCAGAAGACGCUUCUCCCGCAGUGUCUCCGCACCACGCGCCGAGAGCGCGGGGAACUGCGCGGAAGCGCGCCCAGCGGUUCGCGGGUCUGUCUGCGGGGCUGCGAAACGGCCUUUCUGACAAGCGCCAAGCAGACGCCGGCGAGGAAUGGCCAAGCCAAACCAGUGCGCCGCUCGCGGGCUCCGACGACAAGCCGAAACCCGGCGCGUGGCUGGAGGGAUUUCUCUCCUGGGUAGCUGCCUCCAGAGGCCUGGUUGAAGAAGAAGACUACGAGUCGGAGAGCUUUGUUCUCUCCCUCACGCUGGUCUGCAACACGAUGCCGACGGCGUUUCGCCGGCUCUACUCCCACCUGCCUGCGGGGAUCACGGCCGCCGACGUGCUCGAAAGCCUCAUCGUCGGCGCGCCCUGGCUCGGCGGCGCAGGGGGUUCGCUUCUACACCUGAAAGUCUGCGUCGCCGAUCACCGCUCCUACCGCCUCACCGCCUACCGCGGCUGCGGGACGGGACCGCCCCUCUCCGGCGCCGCCCUCACCACGCCCCUGUCCCAAUUCCUUGCGUCGCCAUCGGAGCAGUCGCCGUGCUCAGACGCAGCUGCGGCCAGCGCCGCGUCUCCGGCGCCGCAGAAGGAACCUUGCCUGCAAGGCCGUCCGGAGGCCUCGCCCGCAACCUCCACGCGGAGUCUCCAUGCGUCGGCGGGCUCAGGUGAAGGAACCAGCACAGGCGUCUCGAGGGGGACCGCGGCGGUCUUGGAAAAGCUCGAAGCGCUGAUGAGGCCAGAGAGGCCGAGGGGACUGCGUGCGCACGGCCCGUCGGACUCUGCGUCGAGCGAAGAUCCGGCAGACGCUGCGUCGUGCUCCGAGACAGGCGCGCACGUGGUUCGCGGGAGACAGCUGCAUGCGUGGCCGGACGGCGCGGAGCCUGUGCGGGCCUUCUUCGACACAAUCGGGAAGCGCCCGCAGGCGCGCAGCGGCUCGGGAAAGAAGGGACCGUCAGCUGCGGCUGAGGAGGCGGGGCCUCGCGCGACAGUCUCGCUGGUCGUGGCUGUCGACGCGGCGCUCACCAACGAGGAGCUCCAGGCGCUGAAGCCUGACGCGCCUGCGCUCGCAAAGAAGACUGAGAAGCAUGUCGGACCCGUUGCGCAGGCUGGCGCGCGCGGUGCGGAGCCGUCUGUCUCGGCGAGUCAGCGGGACGGGAGCUCGGACGAGGGGUCGACUAGGGCGAGCCGCGAAGGCCCAGUCAAGGGCUCUGAGCUCGUGGUUCGCGUGCAGCCGGGGUCGCGUCCGGCGAUUCGCAAGUCUGAGCCCACCAAGAGCCCAGGACAGCUGACGAAGGAGGCGGCCGCAAAGUGGCGCAGGAAGAUGCUGGAGACGAUGCGGAAGCGCAGCGAGGAGGCCCCGGCGCCGCUCGACCCUAACGCGGGGAUCGGUCAGAGCGGAGGCAUGGAUCUCCAGUCGAGCAUCGUCGAGCAGGCGACGACGGCGGACGAGCACCCCCACCUGAAGGCCUUCUUCGCGGGCCUCGAAGGCGGCGAGGCCGUCGCAGACUCUGGGAAAACGGCCCCCCCCGAAGUGCGGAAAAGUGGGUCGGCGAAACCGGAGCGCCACUGGUUCUUCAGGUGGCUGUUCGGCGAAGAGGAAGAGCGCGCGGAAAACGCAGCCGAAUGA